GCUUCCUGGGUAGCUGUGGCCUUCGUGAGUUCCGCGGUGCGGGUACUGCCCGAGGUUGAUGGGGAAGGAGAAGGUCGAGGGUGCCAAGCUCUGCCCCACCCGCCACGGCGUCCCCGGACGUGGCCAAGUCUGAGCCACUCGGGCUCUCAGUCCCGGGGCGGGAAAGCGCCCAGAAGGCGCGCCCUGCGGUGUCUGCGUCUCCCGCCCCCCAAAGCGACGCUCAUGGGGAAAAGCUGGUUUUCUGUUUUUUUUCCUCAGAAGGGAACGAAUUUUCGCUGGAGUAGUUGCGAGCAUCGGCCUCGUAAACCUUGUGAUUUCAGCGCCUUAGGACUCAGGCUGGCCUUGAACUCCCAGUGUACCUGAGGAUGACCCUGUACUCAUGGACUUCCUGUCUCCACCUCCUAAGUGCUGGAAUUCCAGGAGUGCUAAUGGUUGUGUACAGCAGGUAAUGGAGAGUGCCACUGUCUACUGAAACUCACCAGCUGCACUAAAGUGAUGAUAGCCCCAUGAAAGGACUAUCUGUACACACUUCCCUGUUACAGGAUGGCAGCGACUGAUUCGUCCCAUGAUCUUUCAGGGGAUUCAGUUUGCCUUCAAGAAGAAAAAGUAUCAGCAGAAAGGAUGUUGACUAACCGCUUGACAAAUUAUCAGGACUUAGUGAGCUUUAAGGAUGUGACUGUGGACUUUACCCAAGAGGAGUGGACCUCCCUGAACCCAGCCCAGAGAUGCCUCUACAGAGAUGUGAUGCUGGAGAACUACAAGAACCUGGCCACAGUAGGAUAUCAGCUCAUCAAACCCAGUCUGGUCUCUUGGUUGGAACAAGAAGAGUUUAGUACAGGUCAGAAGAUAGUUUUCCCAGAAUGGAAAAUGCAACUUGAAACCAAAUGUUCAACAUUCCAGCAGAAAUUUUUGAAGGGUAACAUAUUCAAUGGGAUGCAAAUGACAGGAAGCCAGAAUGUAAGGGAGCUCUUUAACUGGACAAAAUCUGGAGACUUCAUCAGUGAACUCUCAUCCCUUAAGACAUAUAAGAAAACUCACACUACACAGGAUAAUUAUGAUUGUAGUCAGUAUAGAAAAGACUUUCCAGUGGUUCAGAAGAAAAAGUGUGCUGGUGAGAAACUUUCUGAGUUCAGUCAGAGUGAAGAAACCUGUAUGAUCCCAGUGAAGGUCAAUCAGAAAAUUGCUACACAAGAGAACUCUUUGGAAUGCAGUGACUAUGGAAAGUCUUUUAUUAAUCAGUCACACCUUCAGAUACAUAGAAGAAGAACUCACAAUGGAGACAAACUUUAUGAUUGGAAUGAAUAUGGGAGAAGUUUUGUAAACUCAAGACUUGCUGUUCUUAUAGAAACUCUCAAUGCAAAGAAACCUUACAGAUGUAAGGAAUGUGGGAAGGGCUACAGAUACCCUGCAUAUUUAAAUAUUCACAUGCGAACUCAUACUGGUGAGAAGCCCUAUGAAUGUAAGGAGUGUGGGAAAGCCUUCAAUUAUUCCAAUUCAUUUCAGAUCCAUGGAAGAACUCACACUGGAGAGAAGCCCUAUGUAUGCAAUCAGUGUGGGAAAGCCUUCACUCAGUACUCAGGUCUUAGUAUACAUGUAAGAUCUCACAAUGGUGACAAGCCCUAUGAAUGUAAGGAAUGUGGGAAAGCCUUCCUUACAUCCUCACGACUUAUUCAACAUAUAAGAACUCACACAGGAGAAAAGCCUUUUGUCUGUGUCAAAUGUGGGAAAGCCUUUGCUAUCUCUUCAAAUCUUAAUGGCCAUUUGAAAAUGCAUGCUGAAGAGAAGACAUGUGAGUGCAAAAUUUGUGGGAAAGCAUUUGGUUAUCCUUCAUGUCUUAAUAAUCACAUGAGAACUCACAAUGCCAAAAAAUCAUACACGUGUAAGGAAUGUGGGAAGGCCUUUAACUAUUCCACUCACCUUAAAAUUCACAUGCGAAUCCAUACUGGAGAGAAACCCUAUGAGUGUAAGCAGUGUGGAAAAGCCUUCAGUCAUUCCACUUCCUUUCAGAUCCAUGAAAGAACCCACACUGGAGAGAAGCCCUAUGAAUGUAAGGAGUGUGGGAAAGCCUUCAUCUGUCCCAGUUCCUUCAGAAUUCAUGAAAUAAGUCACACUCACACAGAAGAAAAACCAUAUAAGUGUCAGCAGUGUGGAAAAGCCUACAGUCAUCCUCGUUCACUUCGAAGACAUGAAAGAACUCACUAGUGAAAAGCUUAAUUGAUGUUAGCUGUGUGAGAAAGCAAUUACUUGCUCUAGUUGACUUUGAAGACAUGAUGGUACUCACACUCGGGAGAAACUAUUACAAUUAUAUACAUAGCUUGGAGCAGUGCUGUGUGGUAGAUGCUCAGGAGGCUGAAGGUGGGUGAUAAAUGUAAAGCCAUAUUGGACAGCACAAAUAUUCCAUGUCAAAAAGUUAAAGUGAAUGCUGGCAAGUUGGCUCAGUGGAUAAAAGCACUUGCUGUGAAUGUCUUAAAACUUGAAUAGAUCCACAACCAUGUGAAGUAGACAGAUAUAGUGGCAUGCAUCUGUAUUCUCAGCAAUCCUACAAGACAGGAGACAGAGGCAGGAGAAUCACCUGGAAGCUUGCAGGCCAGCUAUCCUGGAAUGUGCAGCAUGGCAGAAAGAACAAGAGAGACCCUGCCCUGCCUCGACAAGGUAGAAGAAGCAAUGCCUUGAAGUUGCCCACUGACAUCCAUAUAUUUGUCCACUUUCCCAUAUACGCCACAGUAAUAAAAUCUUAAAGGACUGAAAUGAUGGCUGUUGAGAUGGCUCAGCAGAUAAAAGCAUUCUCUAUACAAUACUGACAAUUUGCAUUCUAUCCCUAGGGCCCCACAGUGUAGGAGAGAAUUGACACUUAAAGGUGUCCUGUCUGUGACUUCCAUGUGAAUGCUGUGGCACAAAUGCCCUCUAGCCAGCCCCCAAUAAUAAUACAUUUUUCACAUUAAAAUGAGGGACUGUAGAGAUGGCUCAAACAGUUACAAGCACCUGUUCCUCUCGCAGAGGACAUGGGUUCAGUUCCCAGCACUCACAUGGCAACUCACAACAUCAUAACUCUAGUUGCAGGGGAUCUGAUACCCUCUUCUGGCCUCUGUGAGCACUCAGCACAUCUAGAGUGCACAUGUGCAGGCAAAACACGUACACACAUAAAGCUAAAACAAAGGAAGUUGCAAUGAGUCCAUUAGAGCAGAGUGACUCAUGUCCUCAGAAGGCUAAGGUGCAGCAGGAUGCAUGCAAAGAAACGUGGGAAAUCUUCAAAUGGCUUUCUACAAAUAGAGACAGAUGGCUGCCACAAGUGUUUCUACUAUGGCCUCCACAGGAAACUGCCUGAGUUAUACUGAUCUUGAUUUCCAGCCUCCAAAUUGUAAGAAAUAAAUAACCAUUUUUAAGCUACCUGGGCUGUUACUUAGUUGCAUCAGCUCUAACAAAUAUAGAUAAUAAUCUAUACAAAUAAACCUUUAGACUACCAAACGCUUUAGUUACAUGCAGGUCUGAGUGCAGUGGCCCCGGUUUGUACAGUCCUAAAAUUUGAGAGGUGGGAAUAGGAUUGAGUUUAAGACCUGUGCUAUUCAACUAUUCAGCAAGAUCUUGCCUGCUCCUCCCCCCCUUCCUCUUUCUUUCCACAUUUGUUUUCAAUAUCCAAUCUUUAAACGUCCAAUCAAGGGCUGGGGAUAAAAUGAUGGCUUAGGGGUUAAGAGCACUUGUUAAUCUUUUAGAGGACAUAGUAUUUGGUUCCUAGUGCCCACAUGGUGGCUUACAAUCAUGUCUGUAAUUCCAGGUCCUGCUCAUCUGAUGCUCUUUUCAGGCUCUUGAGGGUGUCAGUCAUGUGUUGCACAUAAGUACAUGUAGGUAAAACACUCAUGCAAUAAAAUAAUAAGUAAAUUGGU